UCAGGACGCUGAGCGCUGCAGCUGCAGAGUGUCUAUCCCAAAGAGGGGCGGCCGCGGGAAGAAGGACGCUAAGGACAGCCUGACGCACUUACUCCCGACCACCGCCAGCAAGUGCUGUCUCGGCUCACACUGCACCCUAGGCCCCGCCACCCACAGCACAGAGGAGCCCAGAUGGAGAGUGUGCAGGAGCUGAUCCCUCUGGCCAAGGAGGUGAUGGCGCAGAAGCCCCGCGGAAAGCUGGUGAAGCUGUACGUGCUGGGCAGCGUGCUGGCGCUCUUCGGUGUGGUUCUCGGCCUGGUGGAGACCGUGUGCAGCCCCUUCACAGCGGCCAGUCGUCUGCGCGACCAGGAGGCAGCAGUGACCGAGCUGAGGGAAGCUUGUGAGCAACAGUCCCUCCACAAGCAGGCCCUGCUGGGCAGAAGCAAGGCACAGGAGGCGACCCUGAGUAGCCGGGUCCUGUCCCUCAGGCAACACGCCUCCUAAGGCUGGUGUCUGGCAGAGGAGGGAGCGAGACAAAGACAGAGAAGAGACAUAGAGAGACCAUGACUCAGGUGGGAGAGAGCAGAGUAAUGUGCUGUUCCCAGAAGCCACCGAAUCCAGAACUGACCCCGUACAGAUCACCCGAGGGGUCUGGGAUUGACUUUUGCUGCUAUGUAGCAUGUACUGUGAUUUGUCCAAGGUUGUGGGGGCGAUCAAGGAGCUAUCAUAUUGCAUUAGGGAAGGAGAUGCGCUUUUUAUACAGUUAUUUUUAUUGUUGUUAUUAUUAUUAUUACAAUGACUACCAUUUUUCAUUUUGAAAUAAAAACAUUUUAUACUCUA